CCACGUGACCAUUUCCCAAGCGGAGUUUCCACGACAGCUGGAAGCCGAGCGGCACAGGCGCAUCGCGUCUCUGCUGAAAUUAUUUGAAAAUAGCCAGACUUCUGCUCGUCGCAGCACCUCCAGAUAAACCCCGGUCUGGCAUGGGCGACAAGAGGAGUCCCACAAGGCCGAAGCGUCAACUGAAGCCCUCCUCCGACGAGGGGUUUUGGGACUGCAGCGUGUGCACGUACAAGAACACAGCGGAGGCUUUUAAGUGCAUGAUGUGUGAUGUCAGGAAGGGGACAUCAACAAGGAAGCCUCGUCCCGUCUCCCAGCUCGUCUCUCAGCAGCAGGUAACGCAGCAGUUCGUGUUACCCUCGCAGCCCAAAAAGGAAAAGAAGGAGCGAGUAGAGAGGGAGAAGAGCGACAGAGAGCCAGCGCUCAAGAAGAACAGUCACAAGAAGAUGAGGCCCAGAUUAAAAAACAUCGACCGGAGCAGCGCCCAGCACCUAGAGGUGACGGUUGGGGAUCUGACAGUCAUCAUAACGGACUUUAAGGAGAAGGCCAAGCCCUCGUCCACCUCGGCCACUUCCUCCAGCUCCACGUCGUCGGCCGACCACCACAGAGAGAACGGCUCCAGCUCAGAAAACACAGAGAAGGGCCUUUCCUGCUCCUCCUCACCCCGAGGAGAGGGGAGUUCGGUCAAUGGAGAGUCCCACUGAGUGAAAACCUCCUCGCCCGGUCUCCACCUACAUCACAUCUGCAAGUCCACAGGUCACUAGUGGAGCAUCCUGCCUCUACUUUAGAGCUGCACAACAAUGACUAAAAACUUGUAAUUUUUGGCUUUUUCUUUUGGAGAUAUCAGUUUCAGUAGGAAUUUUGACUAAUCAGAUUUGGCGAGUUUAAUCAGUUGAAAGAUUUUCCACAGCAGUGGACUAAGAAAGCAAUAUUAAACACAUUUUUUCUGUAGAAACCUUUUAAUUAUUUUGAAUUGGAUUUUUUUUGUGUAAUCAAAAGGAUGCUGCACAAUGUCCAAAGCUCGCUGCUAGAAUAUUUACUCAGACAGCUUUAUUCUCAUGAGGAACUUCUUCAGAGUUUUGGACAAACUUUGGACAGAGUGCUGGAUCCUCUUGCUUUAUGAUUUCCACCAGAUGCACCAAGUCUUCAUGAAUCAUCUUUUUUUCCAGCAAUACUUUUGUUGAGUGAAAUGUGCAGCCCUACUCUUACCGUUAUCAUCAGUGGCCGGCAGAGUGACCUGUUCUUCCCCCAUGUGGAAUUUUCUGCCUCUGUCUGGAAUCUUUAUGUGCUAUAAACCUGAACCACCUGUUUGCUCAGUGUCCCCGCAAUGAACCUGCAACCUGACAGCAAACCUUCACUCCUGAUCUCGAUACUCUAAGCUUUUGCUCCCAGACUGCCUCUGCUGUAGAGUGACUGUUUUUGGAACAGCAUAGCGACUGUACUCCUCCAGGCACCAUUUGAGUGCUUUUGCAUAAUGUUCGGAGCAGACUGGUUAGUGAAAAUGUGACUGUUAUGUUCCUGUACAGGCACCUGUCAGGAAAGCAUGUUGUGAUUUUAAAGGAAAAUCCUGGUGUCACCGUUUGUUGAGUUUGUGCCACAGUGGGCUAAGUUGCAGAUACAUUCAUUUACUUUGCAGAUUUGGCUGUGAUUAUUUUGUGCAGUAACUAUCCCGAACUUGUAUUGAGUUGUUUCUUUUGAGGAAGAAUCCCAUUAAUUAAUGAUUUUACAGAGCAUUAUUGUUAGCUGUAUGUAGGUUUUAAGCUCAUCAUCAACCACCCAUUGUCCAAAUGACAGAAGAUUGAUGCUGUUUGAUGCUAGCUAAAUGCAAAUCAAAUCAUAGGUAGAUGAAUGGAUACAAAAUUCGACCAGAAGCACCAAUCUAAGGUAAAGCUUCUGCUAGUAUACAACAAUCAACCACAACAUUAAAACCGCUUUAAUAAUAUUUUAUAGGUCGACCUUGUGCCACAGUAUGAACUCCCCAAAAUGUCAAAAGAUGUCCGGUGGUAUCAGACCUUGGCAUCAGAUCCUUUCAGUCCUGGAAAUUGUAAUUUUGGACCUCCAUGAAAUCAUACAUACUUUACAGCACAUUUUCAGAGUGAUUUUGAAGGUCAAGUCAAUCCCAUGACGUGUUUCUCAAACCAUUCCUGGAGAGUUUUUGCAGUGCGACUGGAAGCAACAUCCCACCGAAAGAGGCCGCUGCCGUCAGGGAAUACCCUUGCAGUGAAGGGGUGUACAUGGUUUGCAACAAUGUUUAGGGUGGCGUCAAAGAAACAUCGACAUCAGUGCCAGAACCCAAGGUUUCCCAGCAGAAUGUUGCCCAGAACAUCACACUGCCUCUGCCAUUUUGCCUUCUUCCCAUUUUGCACUUGUUACCACCUCCAUAGUCCAGUUCUUUACUCCCUACACACAUCAGUGACCGUUGCAGGUUCACUGGUUGUCCUUUCUUGAACCAUUCUUAGAGUAAACUAACCACUGCAUACCAGGAACACCACAAGGCCUGCUGUUUUGGGGAUGUUCUGUCCCAGUUGUCCAACCAUCACAAUAUGGCCAACUUUACCUGCUUCCAACACGCCAGCUUCAAGAACUGACUGUUGCCUCACCGGUCACUGUUUUUUGAAGUUGUGACUGACUGGUGUAUGUGUGCUCGAUGCAUACAUUGCCACUACACUAACCUUAAACCAGCAACAUAUCACAAAUCUUUUCUGCCCCCUGCUUUUUUAGAAUCACUUUAUGGAGCUUUAAAAUAUACUCAAACUUGUAAUGCAUUGCAGUCUUGGUCAACCUUUAUUUGUCGCAUUACAACUACAUGAAGUAGACAAACAGUAUUACUAAUCACUGCCGUCCUUCAUGAUAAUUCCAUUACAUUAUAUUUGACAUGCUUUUAUUGUCUUGAACAAGAGCCAGGUUUUUCCACAGCAAAGCUUCAGACAUUUAAAAACAAAUUGCACAAUGCCUGAGGAAAUAUGGAAAGUGGUAACGAGGCUGCAGUUAUAAAUGACACCAGUAUUUUCCUUUUUAAUCUGUGCUGCACAGACAGGGCUGCACCUGUCGGUUGUCUCAGCGGAAAACCGAAGGGUGCCGAUACUCCUCUGCACCCGCCUCUUUGGAUACAGCCCCGGAAACAGAGUUGACUUCUGGACACGCACUUUUACGAGCUGCAUAGGUGACGUCUCGCAGCGUGAUGGACUUCAGAAACUGACGUAGCAAAAAUGGCAGACCUUUUAGAGCAUACUAAACUCCCAGCAGAACAACUAUAGAUCAACCUUACUACACAAUAACUUAUAAAAACCUGUAGAAUAAGUACAGAUUAAAUAGAUAUUUCUAAAAUAUUGUACUACAAUGUUUUGACGUGGUUGUAUUAUCCAUCAUACAAGUGUUAUUGUCGAGAUUUUUACUUACAUUUUAGCACACAUCCUGAAAACUGUCAUGGCAUGAUAAUAUUACGGUCUUGGUAUAUUGUGGGACAGCCGAUGUCUCUUAGUUUGUUAGUAUUGUUUAAUGUGUCGGAGACGUACUCUCUCAGGUUCACCACUCUAGCUGGGACUAGGUGUGUGAACUCGGGAAGAACUGUUGGGACAAAUGUUUGCUAUUUGUGGCGAUUACGGAAAGACACUUAAAAUGUGUUAGUGUCACUUAUUAAUAUAGGUUUUUUUUUUUUGCUUUGCCAUGCUCAUUUGUUUUAAAAUGUGUGAACUUGUUUAUUACAUGUCUGAAUAAGAAAAUUACAAAAUUCAAACUGAAAAAAAAUGUUUUGUCGAUGAUCAGUUGCUUUCUCUGUAACACAUGUUCUCUUAUUCUUGCAUUUUUUCAGCUGGUUGUUGGUAGAGUGCCUAUAGUUGUUGGCAGGUUUUAGCUCCAUCUGGUGAGUAACUCAGUAACUGCUGCUGUCUGCAGCAUUGUGUGUCUGCAGUGGAGGCGGCUGCAGUUUCAGGACCACAUCUUGAGGACCCUCGUUUGUCACGAUAGCGCCACCUACUGAAUUGGAUGAUAAGUGUUCAACUUUUGAUUUUGAAAGGUUUGUUCCACCCAAACGCACCCUUCUAUCAGUUUCUGGUUUUAAAGGUUUAUUCCACCCAAAAUACUCAUUUCUGUCUACGUAUGAAGACACUAUUUGGGUGGAUUAUACCUUUUAAGCUGAGUUGUGGUUUUGAAAGUUUAUUCCACCUGAAGUACAUUUUCUGUUCGAGUACUCAUAGUUUUAAAGGUUAAUUUCAUCCCCCAUUCAAUUUUUUUAAACAGUUUUACAAAUGUAGAUUAUUAUUCACCCAAAAUACUACUUUCUGUUCGGGCACUUUUAAAUGUAUGUCUUUAUUCUGCUCAAAUGGUGCUUUUCAACAAAGAGUUAUAGUUUAAAAGGUUUAUUCCCCCAAAUACUACAUUUUGUCCAAGUAUUUAUUAGUUCUAAAAUAAUAAUUGGGUGACACAAACCUUUAAGAGUAUGACUUGUGAUUUUCAACCCAAGAUACUCAUUUGUCUCAUUUUUACACACCAAGAGUACUUCUUACUACCAACUUGUAGUUUUAAGUAUUUUUCCACUCAAAAUACUACUUUCUGCCGAAGUACUUACAGUUUAAAAGUUUGUUCCCCCAAACAGUACUUUGUAACUAAUGAUUUUCGAUUUUAAAAAUUUAUUCCACCCAAUUUCUACUCUCUGUCCAGUGAAAUAUAGUUUUAAUGGUUGAUUCCACCCAAAUAAUACUUGGUAACCACUCAUUUACAAGUUUAAAGGUUUAUUCCAGCCAAAAGUGUCUACAUUUUAGUUGUUUGCCAGUAUCUGUUGAAAAUGUACCUUUUUGGAGUAACCAAAAUGAAAAUGGAGCCUCCUCUAAUGCAAACACAUACGAAUCACUGUCUUCCUCCAAAUAUAUUCAGAUUUAAGGUUCAUUUUACCAUUUAUACAUUAUCAUCCUGCACUUUUAACUUAAUAGUUGUGUUAUCCCACAUAAUAGUGAUCCAUACAGGCUUAUACAAGUUGUGAUGCUGACUGUCACCUAUAGAGACCAAUUAAUUCAACCCCAUGUCAGCUCACUACACUGGUUUUCCCACACCUAAUGAAAACGCAAUCUCAGUUUAGGUCUGUUUGUAAGAUGCAGCCACCUCAACAAAAACGACUAGUCACUUAAAGCCGCAGUGAAUGGGCCUUUUCAGAGGUGAAACCCAUUGAGUGGUGCUGCAGACAGAGGCUGACGGGGGCACUGGGGGGAGUGGGAGUGGAAUCAACUUUGAGUUUCGCUCCCACCCUUCCCCCAUCGAGGGUCUCGACCUCCUGCUUCUGUUGCAGGAGCUGCAUCAGGAUCAAUGGAUAAAGACGAGAUCCGCAAGUGAGAUGCUGCCGCUUUCAAAAUAAAAGCCUGAAUAAUGGUGGAGGGAAAAUGUGUAAAAGCAGCACGAUGUGCGUGCAGCACAAGAGGCCGCGGUUUUAAAGAACCGCACUUAUAGGUCCAUUGCUUUUCAAAAAAUUUGAAUUAGGUGUUUGACUUGAAAUAUUUAUUCCACCCAAAAUACCAAUGUAAACAGUACUUUGUUAAUAAAAAAGUUGUAGUUUUAAAAGUUUGUUCCACCCAAAUUGUACUUUCUGUCAAAAUUAAAUAGUUUAAGGUUUAUUGCAA